AUGUCCCAGGACAUUCCGGUCCCCCAGAACGAGGAGGGCAAUACGGAGCCUCGUCGAAGACUACACAUCCGUGGCCAUGUAGAAUCAAUUGCCACCAAGACUCGAGGAUUUGUUAUCCGUUCUGGAGAGGAUAUUAUCAAGGGUACUCGAACUGCUGCCCGCAUUACUCAUGUGCUGGGUUACCGUGCGUACGAGCGCACGUUUGACAACCUGCAUGCGGCCUUCCCUAAUCGAAUCCGUGCCCCCGUAGGAGAGCUUCUAGUGGAAGCCCGCAAGCAGUUUAAAGUGUUUCGAUUAAGGCAAGGACAACCAGACGAAGAGAUUACAGAGCGAGCAAAUUCGACAAGUAUCAUAAAUACUUUCCUGCGAUCCCUUGGCCUCCGACAUAUUGAUUAUGGAAUGAACAACCAAGGACCUUGGGCAUUAGAAGCAGAGGACAUGCGUCGCAUCGUAGAUGAAUCAGGACAAAUGCCCCAGCCCUAUGGAACCGCCCGUCCAUUUCUUGGGGAUUACCGCGGCUGGGUAAAUCGUAGGAUGCAAUUUGCAGUCAAUGUAGUGCAGCGCGAAGCAGCACGAAGGCUCCUGGAUGCUAUGGAUUUGGACACUGCACGAGAAUUCCUGAAGAUGACCCUUCCGGAGAUGGAUCAAACCAUCCACACAGAGUUUACCGUUGGGGAAAACCGAUAUCGCCUUGAGUGCCAUGUUGACUAUGUACUGUGGUUCGGAUACAAGCACCUCUGGGACACGAAUUUAAUAAUCAUCAAGCAACGGGACUACUACGAACGCCAAGGGUUGUCGCCGCUUGCAGCUAUGGCGUUGAUUUAUCACCUUCGAAUGCUCAAUGGUAGGUAUAAGGAAACCUGGGGCCUCUAUACAGACAGCAUAAAUUACCAGUUCUUCCAUGUCGAUGAUCAGGGACGGUACUCCAAGAGAGCCUAUGUUGGGGGAGAUCGACGUCUUUUUCAAGGCUUCCGGCUGUGGUUAAAAAUAUACCAUCAAGCAUAUGAAAGGGCUAGAGAGAUUAGAGACCGAGCCCCCGAGCCCAUGACAGAGCUCCAGAUAGCAAGAACUACAAAAACUAUUUACGAUCCCCUACACCAAGCUGUCCUAGAGACGCAAGGGGAUACUUUGUAA